AUGGAGCCGCCCACGCCGCUCCGGGCCGUCGACUUCCCGCAGACGCUGCGCGGGCAGCGGCCGAAGGCCAGCGUCCGCCAGGGCGGCGCCCGGCGGAAGUCCGCGACGCCGCAGCGGACGCCCGCCAGGGCGGCGGCAGGCUGGGAGCGGCCCCCCGCCGUGGAGCGGCAGGACCUGCCCCCGUACGAGGCGUGGCAGUGCUCGGCGCUGCAG